UAUUCAAUGUAUAUCUAAAAAGUACUUGUUUUAGGAAAUACUGUAAAUGUAAUAAAAAUAUUAAAAGUCUCAAACGGACGUGAUGACGUUUGGUAGAGUCCUGUCUCCUCUGACCGCUGCUAAUAACACACAGAGGAAACCAGCAGAAGGCAUCAUGGUGAACUUUGCUGCAGCGUUUCGGGAGCAUUGGGUCAAUAUUUUGGUCCCUUUGGGUUUCGUCAUCGGGGUUUACCUGGACCGACGGAACGAUCAGAAACUCACAGCAUUCAGGAAUAAGAGUGCUUUAUACAGCAGGGAACUGAAGCCCGGUGAGCAGUUCACCUGGAAGUGAUAUUUAUUGGACCCUCUGCUCAGUUUACUGUGUAUACUGUUUGUUCAGCCACUGUGUCUCUGAUUCCAAGCAUGUUGGCACAAUAAAUUUUCAUUUAGUUCUGUAAA